UUUCCUCCAGCUGAAAGUUUCUGUAUCAAAUUAAAAGUCUAUUUUCAGGAUUCUUCCAUUUCGAUAUAUAUUUUGAACCAAAAUUAUAAUAAUGUCUUCAAUAAUCAGAAGUAAAAGUUCUUAUUUUUCUGCAUAUACUGUUAUGUUAAGGGAUCGUUACGAGGUUGAUAAAUAUAGACGUGCAAUGACAUCAAAAUGGGUGCAAAACAUACCAAAAGAUGCUCUACCAGUGGAAGAUGUUGAAAACUUUGAUCACCGUUAUGAAGAAGAAUGUUGUAAGAAGAAAGCCUUAUCUCAAUCAUCUACUACUAAGGCAUCACCAAAAAAGCAAUUAAGGCCAAUCAGAACAAUUCCAGAAAUACUAUCAAGUAAUUUAACUAAACCCAGACAGUAUCCUGUUUACAAAACACCAGAACAUGAAGCUAAAAAAUCAGUGGAAAAGAGCAGGUCAAAAAAAAUUAAGGAAUUAAGUCAAACUGCUAAGCGAAAUAUUGGAGGGGAAGAACUUAGAAAAGCGGUUAUUAAAAAAAUAUCAAAUAAAAUCAAAUCAAAUCAAACAGUCAAGCAUAAAAUCCCAGGGCAGGAAGUGAAAAAGGGGGUGGAAAAAUGUAUACCAAAUAAAACAAAGAAACCGAUUCCACCUGCUAAGCUUAAAGAACCAGGAGAGGAACAAAAAAAAACUUCGGAAAAACCUUUACCAAAUAAGAUCAAUAAAGUAAGUCAACAUGCUAAGCAAAAGGUUUCAGAAAAUGAACUAGAAAAAGCUACAGGCAGAAUUAAAUCGGCAGUAAAUAAUAUGUCACGUAAAAUGUACAAACCUAUUGUUGCAGAACAGAAUUACUUUGAAACAGCGAAAAGGGUUUACUCCAAUAAAACCAAUAAACCAUAUCAAUUUACUAGGUUUAAUAUUACAGAAGAAGAAUUAGAAAAAGCAGUGGAAAAAAUUUUGUCAUAUAAAACAAAUAAACCAAAUCAAACUGCUAAAUACAACCUUACAGAUCGUAACCUAGAAGAAGCUGUAGAGAAAAUUCUUUCAAAUAUGCAAAACAAUGUUAACCAAUCUGUUAAGUAUAAGGUUACAGGGAAUGAUCUACCUAAAGGAGUAGGCAAAAUUCUUUCAAAUAGGCAAAACAAUGUUAGCCAAUUUGACAAUUAUAACGUUACAGGGAAGAACCUAACUCAAGGAGUAGAGAAACAUUUCUCAAAUAAGCAGAACAAUGUUUGCCAAUUUGUCAAGUAUAACAUUAUAGGGAAAGAUCUAGCCCAAGGAGUACAGAAAAACCCUUCAAUGGUAAAGGGUAAAUCAAAACCACACGUCAAAGCACAACGAAAACCUAAAAAGGUGCUAAACAAACAGCAAAUCGAAUUUAUGAGAAAACUUCAAGCAUAUGAAAAAUCCGUGCUAUUUGAGGCAAUGAAAACUCUACAGGAAAGUAUUCCAUCCACUAGCACUUUGCAAAGCAAUAAACUUGAUACCUUGAAGUGCGGUUAUAAAGCGAUUCCAUCUCCCAAAUUAGAAGCAUCACAGCAAUUUGAACGGGUAAUUGAUCAGCAAACUCUCAAUGGCUUGUUACAGCAAGAGGCAUUAUGUUCAAAAUCUAAACACAAAUCGUUGGCUAAGCAGAAACUUAACUACGUGGAUAUUUUGGAAAGACGAAAUCUUGGCCUUGAUGGAAACCAUGCACCUUACAAGCAAAGCUAUAAAAAGUACGAUUUGCUUACAAAACCAUCAAUUAAUCCAAAAUUAUCUGAAGUUAGCAGUGCACGUCUUUACGAAAAAUACAUAAACAGCAAAAAAGAUGCGUCCGAAGAUGAUGGUUCACCAUUUAUAAAUUGUGACGAGUCGGAUAAAUUGGUUGAGACUCUGAUUCAUUUGAAAAAUAUGAACUCCAGACAUUUAUCAGAGAGAGCUGAAGCGAUCCGAAAAACUUUCUCACUAAGUAAGAAUAUAGUUUACAACCCCGUAACGCGGCAAACAUAUCACAAACUAUUGCCAAGUAAAGUGAGUCCAUAUUCGAAGUCUUCACGAAAGGAAAGAAGUCUUUUACCUCCACUUUGGGUAGGUAAGCGAGCAUCGUGUAUACGUAAAAAAGCUAAAUCCAGUUCAAGUAGAAGUGAAAUGGAUCAACGAUUCUAUAAUAUGGGUGCGGCUUAUAUGAAAGCACUACUUGCCGGUCGAGCUGCACAGAAACUUUCUCAAUCGGCCCAACGCUCACAUGUUGUAAAGAAAACAAGGACUGAAACAAAUUUGAGAAGGCAUAUUCAUCCAAGAUGAAUACAUCAAAAACUUUUUGUUAAACCAGCAGUAAAACAGAAUCUUGAUAAUAUAUAAAAAGGAAAAUGAAAAAUGAAACAACGUGGAAGGAAGGAAUAUAUGAAGAAGGAAAAUAUUCAUAUGUUGUGAAUGUAUGUGAAUGAAAAAGGGGAAAGGAAGUAGUAGUAAAUAAAAGAUGUUGAGUAAAACAAAAACAUAAAAUCGGAUAAUGGUAAGAAGACUAGUUAAUGGAAAUAAAUCGGUAAGUGAAGGAUGAGAAGAACGGAUAAUACAGGAUUAGAAGAAUUGCUCGUAAUUCGAAAAACAGUUUAUUUUAAAACAUAGAUGUAUUGUACUUGGAUGCAUUAACAAAUAUUUUGUAAAUCUUUUAGAUAAUUAUUAAACAAAAUUUGAGUGAUAGCAAAUUGAAUUCGAAAUAAUCAAUAAAAAAAA